UCCUUACAAAAGGACAUUUGUAAGGGACUGUACACUCUACCACUCUCCAUACUCCUGCCUUGCAGAUCAAAGGAGAGUAAUCACAUCAUGGGUGGAGAUAAUUCAACUUUUGAAAAGCCAUGGAGGCCAGUAAAUUGGAGAUUAAGUGAAAGAGAUGCAAUGCUACGGAGACUGAGGGACUUUCAGUCAAACAAAAAUGUUGACCAUCUCAGGAUUUUGGUUGUUGGACCAGCAGGAGCCGGGAAGUCUGCCUUUAUCACCUCAGUUAAUACUGUCUUUCAAGGCCACAGUACUUACCUUGCUUGUUCACUCACUGGUGGUUCGAGCGCCACCCUUAAGCACACCGUCUACAAGCUGAACAAAGGCACAGAGGGAUCUUUCUUUCCGUUUGUCUUCGGUGACACAAUGGGUUUCGAAACAGGUUCAGAUGGUGCAAAAACAGAUGAAAUUGUUAAAAUUCUGCAUGGGCACAUACCAGAUGGACACACAUUUAAUACUUUGGAGGAGCUGACUGCUGACAGCAGUGACUAUAAUAGAACACCAGAUCUACAUGACAAGUUUCACUGUCUGGUGUUUGUCGUCCCAGCAAGCAACAUUGCCCAACUGCCAGAUAACAUCAUUGCUAAAAUUAAAGAAAUUCAGAAAAAAGCACGCAAAUUAGGGAUUCCUCAAGUUGUCAUCAUGUCCAAGGUGGAUGAAGCAUGUUCACAAGUAAAAGAGAACCUGCAAAUGAUCUACAGGAGCAAGAAAAUCAAAGAAGAGAUGGAGAAAUGUAGCAUCAAACUGGGUGUUCCAAUGAAUUACAUCUUACCUGUGAAGAACUACCAUGAGGAAAUCACCAACAACAAUGAGAUAGAUAUCCUACUUCUCAUGGCUGUGACAACUAUUGUGAAUUUUGCCAAUGAGUUUGUGAAAGCCUCUGGACAGCCAUGGAGGCCAGUGACUUGGAGUGACAAAGAUGCAAUGCUACAGACACUGAGGGACUUUCAGUCAAACCGAAGGGUUAACCAUCUCAGGAUUUUGGUUGUUGGACCAGCAGGCUCCGGGAAGUCUGCCUUCAUCACCUCAGUUAAUACAGUCCUUCAAGGCCGCAAUACUUACCUCGCUCAUUCACUCACUGGUGGUUCCAGCGCCACCCACAAGUACACCGUCUACAAACUGAACAAAGGCACAGAGGGAUCUUUCUUUCCGUUUGUUUUCGGUGACACAAUGGGUCUCGAAACAGGUUCAGAUGGUGCAAAAACAGAUGAAAUUGUUAAAAUUCUGCAUGGGCACAUACCAGAGGGAUUCACAUUUAAUGCUUUGGAGGAGCUGACUGCUGACAGCAAUGACUAUAAUAGAUCACCAGCUCUACAUGACAAGAUUCACUGUCUGGUGUUUGUCGUCCCAGCAAGCAAGAUUGCCCAACUACCUAAUGACAUCAUUGCUAAAAUAAAAGAAAUUCAGAAAUGCGCACGCGAAUUAGAGAUUCCUGAAGUUGUUAUCAUGUCCAAGGUGGAUGAAGCAUGUUCACAAGUUAAAGAGAACCUGCAAAUGAUCUACAGAAGCAAGAAAAUCAAAGAAGGGAUGGAGAAAUGUAGCAUCAAACUGGGUGUUCCAGUAAAAUACAUCUUACCUGUAAAGAACUACCAUGAGGAAAUCACCAACAACAAUGAGAUAGAUAUCCUGCUUCUCAUGGCUGUGACAACUAUUGUGAAUUUUGCCAAUGACUUUGUGAAAAGAAUUAUUGAAAACUAAUGUAAAAAAAAAGAAAAAAGAAAAUCUUAAUGUUUAAGAGUGGGUAGAACCCAGCACAAGGGGUUUAAAGUUGAGUGAAUUAGAUUUGCACACCAAACACACACACAUAAGAGUACACAAGAGUACCUACAGGAUUCAUCUACUUGCAUGCAUUAAAAAUGCUUUAAAAAAUUGUAUUAUAUAGUGCUAAUGCACACCGCUAAUGUACAAAGAAUAUAGUUCUGUUUGAAGAAAGUUUAAUCUUCUUUUCUGCUUUAUCAUAAUAAAUAAAUAAUAAGCUUUUCAACUGAAUAAAAGCAAUGCUAAACAAAUACAAACAGAAACAUAAAAAAAGGAAUGCGCAUAUUAAUGUGCAAUUAACCAUCACUAUGUUAACCAACAUAAACUAAAAUGGUAGCAUGCUUUAAUCAAUAGCGCAUGAGGAUAAUUUGUGUGAACGUGUUACUUGAUAUGACAUUGCAGUUACAUAACCAGGUAGUUUCUAAAAGUUCCAACAGCUAGUUCUUUCUCACUCUCUCCGAACAUAUGCUCACAGGAGAUCCUUGUGCUUGAUCGUGUAUUCCUGUUGCAGGCUGUCUUUGUGCAUGUUUACAAUAAACCUUCUCCUGUAUUACU